GCCAAGUUCAUUUGACAUCCUUCCUCCAGUGCCUCAGCUACUGAAACUUGACAGUCCAGUUCCUCAAGCAAGACCUAGUGAACAUGCCUCAGGAGUUUGACAAUAGGCGUCUGGUGAUGGUGGUGCCCAACGAGAUGUCUGCCCCGUCCCGGAGGUCCUUCAGCAGUGAGGACGAGGCAUGGAAGACCUACCCGGAGAACCCUCUGACUGCAGCUACCAAGGCCAUGAUGAGCAUCAAUGGAGACGAGGACAGUGCCACCAAUCUUGGACUGCUCUAUGAUUAUUAUAAGAUCCCAAGAGACAAGCGACUACUGCCCAGCUCUAAAGCAGCAGAGACAUCAGACCCUGAUACCCAGGGGCACCUGGAGACCCCGGAGAACCACGUUCAGGUGUUAAAGACUGAACCUGUCAACCUGUCUCUGAACAUCCAGCAGCUGGACUGUACAGACAGGCAGGGGUAUGGAGGGGGUGGAGGGGGAGCUGUGGUGAAGACUGAGGCCCAGACGUCUUGCUACAUGGCUCCUGGGGGUCCGUACAGGGGAGCUGGGGAGCAGCAGCAGGUCCGGGUGGUUUAUGAGCAGAACAAUCCCUAUGACCAUGGUUCCCUGUUCAGUCAUGUCAGCCAUGUUGUGAGCCACAGAGGCUACAUGAAUGAGGAACAGAGCCAGAGGAGUUCUCCAGACAGCACCUAUGAUGGCUCCUACCCUGAGGAGCAGGAGAGAUACAGACCAUCACCUUCUAUAGGAGGGGACAAAUCCCUCUACAGUCAGCCUGGAGUUGACACUUUCCAGUAUUCUCUAGAGGCACCCAGGUCUGUCCAUCGGAAGGAGAGGGAGGGGCCUCUGACCUACCUGAACAAGGGACAGUUCUACGCCGUGACGCUGCGCGCGAUGGGCGGAGCCAACAAGGGCCAGCACAAUCCAUUCAGCAAAGUGCGGAGUGUGGUGAUGGUGAUGUUCAGUGAGGACAAGGACAGAGAUCAGCAGCUGAAACACUGGAAGUACUGGCACUCCAGACAACACACCACUAAACAGAGAGUCCUAGACAUCGCCGACUACAAAGAAAGCUUCAACACCAUCGGGAACAUUGAGGAGAUUGCUUACAAUGCCGUCUCCUUCACCUGGGAUGUCAACGAGGAGGCCAAGGUAUUCAUCACAGUCAACUGUCUGAGUACAGAGUUCUCCUGCCAGAAGGGGGUGAAGGGCAUGCCUCUGAUGAUCCAGAUAGACACCUACAGCUAUAACCACCGCUCCGACACACCCACACACAGAGCCUUCUCUGAGAUCAAGGUCUUCUGUGACAAGGGAGCAGAACGGAGAAUCCGUGAUGAGGUGAGGAAGCAGAUCCGGAUGAAGCCCAAAGGUAAGGAUGGGAGCCUGGUAGCAUUGAACAGGAAGCCAGACACAGUGUUCUUCAAGUCCGUCUCUAACCUGGACACCCAGCCUGUCUUGUUCAUCCCAGACGUCCACUUUGGGCACCUGCAGAGGACUGGACAGGUCUUUGCCUUCAACACAGAGGAGAUGGAGAGGGAUGGGGGUGUCGUGAUGAAGAGUGUGUCACGACCUGCUGAGGAACACAUCUGUCCGCCUCCUGCCAAGCACUUCAAACCAGAAAUCCAGAAGAGAGUCCUGCUGUACGUGAGGAAGGAGUCAGAUGAGGUGUUUGAUGCCUUGAUGCUGAAGUCGCCCACCCUGAUGGCCUUGCUGGAAGCAAUCUCAGAGAAGUAUGCAGUACCCCGUGAGAAGACCAAGAUCUACAAGAAGAACAGAGGGAUCCUGGUGAACAUGGAUGACAACAUCAUAGAGCACUAUUCCAAUGAGGACACCUUCAUCCUGGCCAUCGAGAGGUCAGCGGACUGCUUCCGGGUCACGCUGGCAGAGAUCUGAGCCUUUGUGUGGGAGUAGGGGCCAUCUCAAACCUCAGGACCUCCCCAAACCUCAUUGGACGCCCCACACCUCAGAGUCCAUACCUCAGGCCAAUGCUGGACGCCAAGGCUCUCGCUCCAGAAUGAUCUCACCAAACCCCAUGUGGUAACUCAAUAGCUCCCCCUGCAGGUGGAGAAUGGGACUCCACGGCAGUGGGACAUUAGGGCUCUGAUCUGCUUCUCUCUCCAGCAUGGUUCCGUUUCUUUCCUCCCGGUUAGUGCCUUCUGAACAUGGCUCUGAUCUGCCUCUCUCUCCAGCAUGGUUCCGUUACUUUCCUCCCGGUUAGUAGCUUCUGAACAUGGCUCUGAUCUGCCUCUCUCUCCAGCAUGGUUCCGUUACUUUCCUCCCGAUUAGUGCCUUCUGAACAUGGCUCUGAUCUGCCUCUCUCUCCAGCAUGGUUCCGUUACUUUCCUCCCGGUUAGUGCCUUCUGAACAUGGUUCUGAUUCCAACAUCCGUCUCCAACCUGCCUGGGCUCCUGCUACCUCUUGUGACUGAGAGGAAAUAAUACUGGACAGCAUGCUGAGUCCCUAAUGGUGCCCUGUUCCCUCUGGGUCCUGGACAGCAUGCUGAGUCCUAAAUGGUGCCCUGUUCCCUCUGGGUCCUGGACAGCAUGCUGAGUCCUAAAUGGUGCCCUGUUCCCUCUGGGUCCUGGACAGCAUGCUGAGUCCUAAAUGGUGCCCUGUUCCCUCUGGGUCCUGGACAGCAUGCUGAGUCCCUAAUGGUGCCCUGUUCCCUCUGGGUCCUGGACAGCAUGCUGAGUCCCUAAUGGUGCCCUGUUCCCUCUGGGUCCUGGACAGCAUGCUGAGUCCCUAAUGGUGCCCUGUUCCCUCUGGGUCCUGGACAGCAUGCUGAGUCCCUAAUGGUGCCCUAUCCCCUCUGGGUCCUGGACAGAAUGCUGAGUCCCUAAUGGUGCCCUGUUCCCUCUGGGUCCUGGACAGCAUGCUGAGUCCCUAAUGGUGCCCUAUUCCCUCUGGGUCCUGGACAGCAUGCUGAGUCCCUAAUGGUGCCCUGUUCCCUCUGGGUCCUGGACAGCAUGCUGAGUCCCUAAUGGUGCCCUGUUCCCUCUGGGUCCUGGACAGCAUGCUGAGUCCCUAAUGGUGCCCUGUUCUCUCUGGGUCCUGGACAGCAUGCUGAGUCCCUAAUGGUGCCCUGUUCCCUCUGGGUCCUGGACAGCAUGCUGAGUCCCUAAUGGUGCCCUGUUCCCUCUGGGUCCUGGACAGCAUGCUGAGUCCCUAAUGGUGCCCUGUUCCCUCUGGGUCCUGGACAGCAUGCUGAGUCCCUAAUGGUGCCCUAUUCCCUCUGGGUCCUGGACAGCAUGCUGAGUCCCUAAUGGUGCC